AUGACACGUAAUAAUACAAAACGAAAUUAUUCUCCAAGUCGUUCAAUAAGAACAGAUAUAAGUUCUAAUGAUGAUAAUCUUAUUAAUCUACCUGAUCUUUCCGGUUUAAACGAAGAAGAAAAACGUCACAUAUUAAAUGUUUUAUUACGAGAUGAAAAUGUACGUAAUAAACAUUUGGCACGUUUUAUGCAAUUACGAAAAGAAGUAGCUGAUCUUGAACAACGACCACAACCAACAUCAGACGCUGUAUGUGCUCGAUGUUUAACACCAUUUGGUUAUAUAUUUAAUACAGGUGAUGCGUGUCCCAAAUGUAAUGCUAAAGUUUGUAAACAAUGUAGACUUAUGUAUAAUGUGAAUGAUAAUGGAUGGUUAUGUCAACUUUGUUGUAAACAAAUGCAAUUAAUGAGUUAUUCUGGUGAAUGGAUAUAUUCUUUUCGAAGUAAUCUUCGUAAAGAUUCAGUAACUGCAUCAGAAAUUAUACGCAAAUCACUUACACCUUCGAUUUCUAUACGAAAUUUAAAUGAUUUAUCAAGUUCAGACACUGAAACUGAAAGUACUAUUGAUUCAUCUGAAAGAAAACGUCCAAUUAUGAAUAAAACUAAACCUAAUCAACAAAAUCUCAGUAAUACUUUAACUCGAAUGGUUAUUCCAUCAACAACAGAUGAAGAAAAAUUAAAUGCUCUUAAAAAAAAUGUUCAACAACGUCCAACACAUCCGCAAAUACGUGAAUUAAAAUUAGCUAAUUCAAAUAUUCCAAAUAGUGCUUCAUCAGAUGAUGUUGAUUCAUUAUAUGAUCGAUCACCAAAUCAAACACCUCGUCAAUUUCCAAGUAGUACGAAAAUUAAUACAAUUAGUACUCAACCAAGAACUAGUGUAUCUACACGACGAAGUACUGACUCUUUAUCAACAGUGAAUACUGAAAUAGAUCGAAAUAAUAGAUCUAGUUAUGCAGUUGAUUGUGCAUCUGUUACAUCAUCAGAAUGGGGUGCAGAUUCAGAAGUAGGUGAUCCAACAUCACGAGAACCAAAAUCUACAAAAAAAUAUGGUUCAAGACAUAGUUUAUCAUCACGUAUGCAUAUUGGUAGUUCAGUUCAAAGUUUACGAGAUGCUGUACAUCGUAUUCCAAAACCACACUUAUCAUCAUCACGUACAUCAUUGAAUUCUGAACUAAAAAAGCAACCUGAACAAUCAGAUACAGUAUCGAUCAAAAUACCAGAUAAACAAAGCAAAUCAAGUAUGUAUCCGACGUGGUCUAGUGGUUAG